GUCUCCGUUUCCAUAGGCGGGCGUAGUGUGGAUUUUGGCAGUCAGAUUAUACUGAACUGACUUCCUGGUGCAUCAUAAAGAACAAAAGUAUUCUUUCAGGAAGCAAAAUAGGAAACUUGAGCCUACCAGCCCUCCUUUAGAAAAGAGACGACGGUCGGCGAAAGGCUGCAGCAGUGACGUUUCUGACCUUGAGAUGGCGAGCACUUUCUCUCCCGUCUCGUGGCUUUGACCCCUGACCUGAGCUCAGCACUCUUGACCUGCUGUGACCCGAGACUAUGAGGACCCGACCCGGCGAGGAUGAGUCACUUCCCCCUACGAGGCCCCGAGGUCGUGCGACAGCGCAGCGGGAGGAGCAGGUCGUCAGGAGCGAGCAGGGCGGCCCUCUCCUGUGGCGCGACCCUGCUCUGUGCGCUGGCCUGCUGCCUCGCGCCCGACCGAGCCCGCGCCGCCAUCACUAACUACAGAUCAUACUGCGGCGAGUCCGCCUACAGCCACCGGUACUACAUGCGGAUCGUGGGCGGCCGCCCCGUCGUGGCAGGCGAAUGGCCGUGGCAGGUCGCCCUCCAGCAGAAGGAUCCCUACAGCGGCAAGGGCCUUGGCCAGCACUGCGGAGGGACUCUCAUCCAUCCGUCGUGGAUCCUUACGGCUGCACACUGCAUCGUAGACCCCGUGUUCAAGUUCGCGCUGCCGCCGCCCUUCUGGAGCGUCCGCGUCGGGGAGGUGAGUCUGUCGGCCGAAACCCAUCGCCUGUACCCCGUGUCCAAGAUCAUUACGCAUAAGUUCUUCGACUCGGAGACGUGGGACAACGACAUCGCUCUGGUCAAGCUCCGGAAGCCCCUGGACCUGGAGGAGCACGCCGGCCUCGUCAACACCAUCUGCCUGCCGGCGCGCAACAUGUCCUUCAUCGGCCUGCAGUGCUCGGUCACCGGCUGGGGGAGGACCAAGGAGCAUGGCAGCAACUCCGACCUCCUGCAGACCAUCCGAGUGCCAGUCAUGAACAACAAGAAGUGCCAGCGCGCUUACCGGAAGGUCAACCCGGUCAGCAACGGCAUGAUAUGUGCUGGCUGGGAGGAGGGAGGGAUGGGGCCGUGCGUGGGCGACAGCGGCGGGCCCCUGCAGUGCCGCGAGCGCGGGGGGCCGUGGAUUCAGGCCGGCAUCACCUCCUGGGGCGUGGGGUGCGCCGCCCCCUCCUACCCGGGGGUGUACAUCAGGGUGUCAGAGUACCUCGACUGGAUCUACAAGCACCUCGAGAAGACUUAGAACGGAGCUCCAGUGUUUUAAAACCUUAAGUCAAGGUUGUUCUUGUUAUGUAUUAUUAUUAUCGUCUUCCUCACCAGUUUACUUAUUUGCUUUCUAAUUAAUUACUGUUCUUAUGUAAAUACAAAGCAUAAAUUAAUGAAUUAGUUAACCCAAAUUUCUCUGUACGGAAAGAAAUGCGAAAUGCAGUGAAAUUAAUUUUUACUUAAGCUACCGUUAGUUCCACAGAGGAUUACUUCGACCUUGGUUCAUUGGAAGGCAAAUGCGUGUUGCUCACUUCAGUAUACUGUCGGAGACUGACUGAAAUAUGGACAGACACUGAUGUUCAAGUUGUAACAUGAAAAGUAUGACAGCUGAUCAACCAUUUUCAUGUAUUAUUUUUUUCCAGUCAAAGAAACGACAAUAUCACCAAGUGUAAUAAAGAAUUUAAGUGGAAAAAAAAUCAAAAGUGACAAGUGACAUAUGACUUGAAAAAAUAGAAGACUAAAAUGCGCCUUCAGGAAAAGGUGUGCAUCAUUGCAUAUAAGAGAAUGCGCGAUGGUGUGUAGAGGAAAUUGUGAUAAAUUGAAAAAGAAAAUACCGGAGAAAUAGCUCGUUGAAGAUAUUUCUGAUUAAGUUAUGUGUACAUAUUUAUGAUUGUAUAGUAGCCAAAAAAUGGCUCAGAACAUGUGGAAAUUUGAUAUACUCACUUGAAGGUACGAAAAUUAUGUACUGUAUCUAUAGAUAUCUUUUAUAUAUUUGCCUUAUUCUUCGUAUAUUUCUAGCUGCCUACGCAUGUCUUCUUUAUUCUAGUAUACUUAUUAAGAAAAUCAAUGAGAAAUAUAUGAAUAAUCUAUCAAAUAUCUUCUGAAAUUUGAAUUAAAGGCAAAACGCAAUGUGAAGCAACCCAGUGAAUAUCUAAAUCUACACUUUGUGUAUUAGGUAUAUUAAAACAUUUGAGAAAAAUGUGAGACAAUUUAAAUGCUGAAUCAUAAGGGACAGCCUUCACAGAGAAAGGUGACUCUCUUAUAUCAAAAGAAUGAAACGUCAAAUUAAUCCUUAUUAAUACCAUUAGUUCGACAGCAUAAGUGAAUUUUACUUUAAAAAAUAGUAUUAAUAUGAUAGACAACAGAUGCCUUCAAAACAAAUGUACAGUACAUAAUUUGCGAUUUGUUUAUGACGCACAGCAUAGUCCAUCUGACGAGGAAGCAGACCACAGAAUCUCUUCUUGUCGUUUACCUCAGCCUUUGCCUUCCCUUGUGCGCGUGUACUUGCUACUCAGGAAGAAUUUGAAGGUCAGACGCGAUGAAUUCACAUUCACAUCCGUCGACUGUGGUAUUAUGUCUGACUCAUUCAUUGUUCUAGCAGUUCACGACGCUGUAAUACUUUGUGAGGUCAUUACUAAAACGCAUCCAUUUUCUGUUUUCAUCUUGCCUUUUGGUUAUCCAAACACUCAUAUGCUGUCCAGAGCAUUCUUCGCAUGAUGGUCUUAGCUAGAUUGCUACUCAUUUCGUUAUUUACGAAGACUUUAGAGUUAGUUACUUUUGGAUUUUUGCUGUAUUCACUUUGUAACUAAAAUUGAUCUAAAAUCAUUUUAUAUCAUUUGCUAAGACGUUUUGACUGAAGAACUUUAUUUUCAAACGUUUUCCCUUCCUCUCUCAUUCCCGUAUCGUAACCCCCUCUUUCUCUUCGAACAUACAUAUGAAUUAAUUAUGUCUUCCAACGAAAGGCGUCGAAGAGGACAAGAAACACGUCCCCUCGUUGCCGGAGGGUCGGCCGGAGGCGUCUCCUGGGUGUAGCGGCCGUGCCACAAGUGCCUGCCUGCUCCUCAUGUGCAUCGGUACAAGUGCAUGUAGUGCCAUCUGUCGGUGAUGGUUAGGUUAAUGAUUUUAUUUAUUGAUUUAGUGCUCUGAGCAGGGAAAACCAUCAGUGACGAAUGAUUGUUUCGUUGAGUCUUGGUAGUUCUGAGUCAGUCGAGGAUUCCCGCAGAUGGAAAAUCCGUUUGUUUGCUGCUGUUAUUGUUUUCAUAUUUACUAUUGCUGUUUUUGAUAGUAUUUUUGUUGUUAUUGUUUUUAAUUAUUAGUGUUAUCAUCAUACUUAGUAUUAUCAUUUCAAAUCCUACUUUUGUAACUUAAAAUUAGGUUGAUGUACCAUGUUAAACGCAAAGAUACUCCAUAGCCUUUAUCUAGCGAAGCUGUGAUACUCACAACUCUAUACUUUUGUGUAUUUAUUUAUUUUUCUAUUUAAUGUAGACAACAAUAUCUUCCCCUUCCGGUGAAUCUUAAAAAAGAUAACGAUCCAGAGUGGAUCAACAAUUUCACAAUUCGUGACAAGAAUCCCCACUUUGCUCUUACAGGCAUUAGUGUGUCGACGAUUCUGUUCCAAUUUCUGCUUUAAAUGAUGCCCUGGUUAUCUUUUUCGUGAUACACCGUAUUGACUGUGAUUUUGUUAUAACCUCGACGUGACCAGCACGUCUAUUGUAGAGAGUUCAAAUAUAUAUUUAAUAGGA